AUGGCAAGGACCCUUCGCACAUCUGUUCAAUGCUUUUGUAGUGAGUGCAAUGGUUGUCUGCGUGAUCCUAGGAUCAAGAAAACCCAUGAAAUUGAAAGUAGUCUUCAAACCCAGCAGACGAUGGAUGAUACUGCAAGCAUCUGUAGUGAAGAAAUACCCGAAAUAUUGAAUUUCACUGCCGAUGAAUCCGAUGAUGACAGUGAAUAUGAUGACGAAUGUGUUAAUAUCGAAAGUGAGACUGAAUCUGAUAAUAAUGGUGCCGAAAGCGAAAGUGUUGCAGAGGAUGAAUCAUUCGAAGCUUUUGGUACACAUUCAUCCAAUUCUACAGAUGACAAUGAAGACGACGACGUUACAUUUAACUCAACUGAAAUGGAACAUUUCAUGUGGAUUAUUUUAUUUUUAUUCAAGAUGCAAGUACACUUUAAAAUACCUACAACACACAUUGACAUAUUCAUCAAAUUUUUACGGAUAAUAUUAAUCGAUAUUGACAAACAACGAUUUGCAUCAUUCCCUAACUCAAUCUAUGUUGCAAGAAAACUUAUUCACCUUCGUGAUUUGUUUAAGACAUAUGUUUCUUGUUCAAAAUGCCACACUCUUUAUGACCUCCGCCAAACUGUUAACUAUAAACAAGAUGGACAGUUAGCAAUACGUAAAUGCAGUCACAUCGAAUUUCCUAAUAACAGAAACCAUAUCACUGAAUCUUGCAACUUUCCAUUGACAAAACAAAUCAGGUUGUUUGGUAAUAGGAUAGCAAAUAAGCCUCUGUCAUUAUUCCCUCUUGGCAGUCUUAAAGACCAGCUAAAAAGUAUGUAUCAAAGACCUGGAUUCGAAAAAAUGCUAAGCCAUUGGAGAACACGGCAACUCCCAUCAACAUUCAUUAGUGACAUUUACGAUGGAAAACGAUGGAAAAAUUUCGCCGAUAAAAACAAUGAACUAUUCUUCAAUAUAGCAUCGGCUUCCACUCACUUGGGACUUAUGUUCAACCUAGAUUGGUUCCAAAUGUUUUCAUCGUCUACACACAGCACUGGCGCUCUUUAUGGUGUAAUCAUGAAUCUUCCGCCUAAUGAAAGAUUCAAACCAGAAAACAUGUUAGUUGCACUGAUUAUGCCUGGCCCUAGGGAAGCAAGCCUCCAUCAAAUAAACAAUUACAUCUCACCUUUUGUUAAUCAGCUCCUGGAUCUCUGGGAUGGCGUUUCAUUAAUAACGAAUGAUUACCCAGAAGGUUCAACCAUUCGGGCAGCUCUUAUCGGCCUUGCUUGUGACUUGCCUGCUGGACGGAAACUCUGUGGCCAUAUCUCAUAUAAUACUGCAUGCCACUGGUGCUAUAAGACAGCAGAUUCGUCUCGUAGUUUUGGUGGGUUUACUGACAUGGGAGAAUGGUUCAGACUUCGUAAUGCAACCAAACAUCGGGAGGAUGCAAUGGCUUGGCAUGCCUGUCAAACAAAAAACGCUCGUAAGGAUCACGUGUCAAAAACUCAUGCAAGGUGGAGCGAACUUUUACGACUUCCCUAUUUUGAUCCUAUUACAUUCCUUCCAAUUGAUGGGCUUCAUAACCUAUGGCUGGGUGAUGGGUCAUGGUUAAUGAAAAGAAUAUGGAUUGAAGAAGGGAAAAUAACAAAACGUAAACUGCAGAUUAUAUCAUCCCGUCUGAAGACUCUCACAACACCACCUGAUAUUGGACGGAUGCCAACAAAUAAGGUCGAUGUUACUGAUGGCUUUGUUGGCCUGACAGCUGAUGAAUGGAAGAACUUCUAUCUUGUGGCAGCUGCAGUUGUAUUAUAUGACUUGCUUGAGGAUGAAGUAGACCGACAGAUUCUCACUUAUUUCAUUCGUGCUUGUUCGAUUUUUGUCUCUAAGAUAUUAACACCACGGUUAUUAGAAGAGGCACAUCAACUUGUAAUUAAAUUAUUAAGGCUUAUUGAGGAAGCAUAUGGAAAGGCAAAGAUCUCGCCGAAUUUGCAUCUUACCUUACAUAUUGCUGAAUCAUGUCUACUCUAUGGUCCAUUGUCUUCAUUUUGGUGCUAUGGUUAUGAAAGAAUGAAUGGCUUUUUGG